AUGAUCAAAAUAAUUUUAUGCAUCCUAUUAUCAUUGACAUUUGUUCCAACUAUUUUCAUUUAUUCGAAAUACACCAAUGAAAAGAAGAACGCUCUCCCAUUAAUAAAGAGGCAUAUACGUGGAAUCAAACCACACUUUAACAUUUUAACAAAAAUGAAGAAUUACACAGUUAAGGCUAUAUACAAGACAAAGCUACUGACAUACGUAAAUGAUAUAAAUAAUUUAAACUUAAAGAAUGACAAAAAAGAAUUUUAUUUAAUCGCCCUACCACUCAGUGACAAAUUCAACCCGUUUGUCGGCACAUUCUGUCACAAUAAUAUUCAAUACAGUGAUAAAGCUUCCCUCCCAGUGUUCAUAUACGACAUUCUCCUGAAUAAGCACAUUGAAGUGCCGUGGAAUUUUGUAAUUGAAAAAGUGGACAUAAAGAAAACUCACUUUUAUAAAAAUGUAUGCAUGUCAGAUGCGAAUAAGUUCUAUUCCUAUCAAAACAUUAACAAAUUGGAUAGAGUAUUCAUUAACGUACUAGACUUCAAGUCCAAAAAAAAUUUCAUCUUUUUACCCACGUGGAUUAUGAAAUCCCUGCAACUUGAUUGUUUCGAUGUCGUUAGACUUCGAUUUGUUAAAUUGGAAACAGCAACAAGUGUUAUUUUGCAGCCCCACCAUAAGAAGUUUUUCGAAUUAAGUGACCCAAAGAAAAUACUAGAGGAGAAGCUGAGGUAUUAUUCUUGCCUUACAAAAAAUGGCACAAUAUGCAUAAACCACGACAACAUCGAUUACUACUUUGACGUUGUGAUGAUCGAUUCGGGAAAAAAAAAAGAUGUCGAAGUAGCUUCCAUUCAAGAUGCAGACGUCAUUUUCGAUUUUGUAAAGGAAAAAUAUGACAAGUGA